CACUGUUGAUUUUGUCUAACCUUUGGACAAAUUGGUUCAUCCCAAUGUAUUUGUCCUGAUAUAUAAGACUUCCACGACUUUGGAGAAACUCAUCUCUCCUGUUACCGCGAAGGCUCGGUACCUGAGAACAACCAUGGAGAGGAAAAUACUUCCCAUUUACUUGUUGCUGCUGCUUUCUGUUUCCUUGAUUCAGCAAGUUUCUUCUCAAGAUUUAUCAAGCUGUGCAGGGAGAUGUGGGGAAGGGUAUUCUAGAGAUACCCCCUGCAACUGUGAUUAUAACUGUCAACACUACAUGGAGUGCUGCCCUGAUUUCAAGAGAGUCUGCACUGUGGAACUUUCCUGUAAAGGCCGCUGCUUUGAAUCCUUUGAAAGAGGGAGGGAGUGUGAUUGUGACUCCCAAUGUAAGACGUAUGGCAAGUGCUGUCCGGAUUAUGAAGAUUUCUGCGAAGAAGUGCUUAGCACCACAUCACCGCCAUCUGCAAAGACUGCGCCUCCGCCUGCAGGAGCACCUCAGUCCAUCAAAUCAACAACCAAACGCUCACCCAAAUCACCAAACAAGAAGAAGACUAAGAAAGUUGUAGAAUCAGAGGAAAUAACAGAAGAACAUUCUAUUUCUGAAAAUCAAGAGUCUUCCUCCUCUUCCUCUUCCUCUUCAACUAUUCGGAAAGUCAAGUCUUCCAAAAAUACAGCUGGUAAUAGAGAAUUAAAGAAGAAACCCAAAGUAAAAGAAAACAAGAAACCAGCUCCUAAAAAGAAACCUACCCCAGAACCACCAGUUGCAGACGAAGCUGGAAGUGGACUGGACAACGGCGAUUUGAAGCUCACCCCAACUCCUGACGUUCCUACUACUCAACGCAAUAAAGUUACCACGACCUCCACAGUUACAACAGUGAAAACAGAUUCUCAACCCAGUCUUGCACCUAAUUCUGAAACAUCCAAAACGACCUCUUCGACAACCAAUACGGAGAAAACAGUUGAAACUAAAGAGACUUCUGUAACAAAUAAAGAGACUUCAGCUAGUGAGACAGAGAAGACUACUUCAGCUAAGGAGACACGAAGUGCAGAGAAAACAUCCAAAGAUUCUGUAGCCACAACCGAAGAAUCUGCUAAGUCUACAACAGAAGCUGAAACUACAACCAAAGCUGCUUCCACCACCCCCAAGGAGACUACACCCACCACCCCCAAGGAGCCUACACCGACCACCCCCAAUGAGCUUACACCCACCACCCCUAAGGAGACUACACCCGCCACCACCACCAAAGAGCCUACACCCGCCACACCCAAUGAGCUGACACCCACCACCCCCAACGAGCUUACACCAACCACCCCCAAGGAGACUACACCCACCACUACCACCAAAGAGCCUACACCCACCACCUCCAAGGAGCCUGCUCCCACCACCCCUAAGGAGACUGCUCCCACCACCCCUAAGGAGACUGCUCCCACCACCCCUAAGGAGACUGCUCCCACCACCCCUAAGGAGACUGCUCCCACCACCCCUAAGGAGACUGCACCCACCACCCCUAAGGAGACUGCUCCCACCACCCCUAAGGAGACUGCACCCACCACCCCUAAGGAGACUGCUCCCACCACCCCUAAGGAGACUGCUCCCACCACCCCUAAGGAGACUGCACCCACCACCCCUAAGGAGACUGCACCCACCACCCCUAAGGAGACUGCACCCACCACCCCUAAGAAGACUACACCCAUCACCCCCAAGGAGCCCACUCCAACUUCUCCUGAGACACCUGCACCAACCCCCUCAGAGGCCUCUACUCCAGCUACUACCAUGGAGCCUCCCAGUCCUCCCGAGAAUCCUGCUGCAUCAACUCCUGAGUCGCCUGCAGAAUCCACACCAGAGGUUCUUGAAGACAGUCCCAAGGAGACUGCUGUAACUACAACCAAGGCUUCUGAAGUGACUGAGUCUGAAAUUACUACCACAGCUAAGGAUAAAACAACAGAAAAAGACAUACAUACCACAACUGAAAUUACAACUGCUACAUCUAAGAGUACAACAAAAGAGACAGCAACUCCAACAGAAGAAAAGGCCACUGAAUCCAAAACAAGUACGACUGUGCAGGUAACAUCUACCACAACCAAGGAUACGGUGACAUCACCCAAAAUUACUAGCAAGGAAACAACUGUUGCACCCAAAGUAAUGACUACAACAAAAAAGACAACUACUACUACAACUGAAGAGACUCUGAAUACAUCUGAAGAAACAGCAGAUACAUCAGAAGACACAGUUACUAGUUCGAAAGCGACAACUCGUCAACCCCAAAAGCCAACCAAAGCACCCAAAACGCCCACUUCUACCAAAAAGCCAAACACAACACCUAAAGUGAGAACACCAAAGCCUACGCCAUCCCCCCCAAAGAUGACUGCAUCAACGGUGCCUACCCUGAAUCCUGCCUCUUCACGGGAAACCAUGCUCCAAACCAACCCCAGGCCAAACCAAACUCCUAAUUCAGAAAUAGUUGAAGGAAAUCCAGAGAGUGAAGAACCAUGUGCUGAGGAAGGAGAAAAACCUCACGUAAUUCUCAAGCCCAACGUGUUAACUCCUAUAGUCAUUCCAGGCACUGACGUCAUAGUGAGCACACCCAAUCAAGACAUGGGCAUCAACCCGAUGCUUUCAGAUGAGACUAAUUUAUGCAACGGGAAACCAGUAGAUGGACUGACUACUUUGAGGAAUGGGACAUUAGUUGCAUUUCGAGGUCAUUAUUUCUGGUUGCUAAAUCCGCUCAGUCCACCAUCUCCACCUCGCAGGAUUACUGAAGUUUGGGGUAUUCCCUCCCCCAUUGAUACUGUUUUUACUAGGUGCAACUGUGAAGGAAAAACUUUCUUCUUUAAGGAUUCUCAGUACUGGCGUUUCACCAAUGAUGUACAAGAUGCAGGGUACCCCAAACAAAUUGCAAAAGGAUUUGGAGGACUAAAUGGAAAAAUAGUGGCAGCUCUCUCAAUAGCUAAAUAUAAGGACAGACCCGAAUCUGUGUAUUUUUUCAAGAGAGGUGGCAACGUUCAGCAGUACACUUAUAAACAGGAGCCUGUGAGAAAGUGCACUAGAAGGCCUGCUAUUCAUUAUCCAGUGUUUGGAGAAACAACACAGGUUAGGAGGCGUCGCUUUGAACGGGCUGUCGGACCUUCUCAAACACACACCAUCAGAAUUCAGUAUACGCCCGUCAGAGUCCGUUAUCAAGACAAAGGUUUCCUUCAUAAUGAAGCUAAAGUGAGUUACAUGUGGAGAGGAUUUCCAAAGGUGGUUACUACAGCUAUAGCACUGCCCAACGUCAGAAAACCUGAUGGCUACGAUUACUACGCUUUUUCUAAGGAUCAAUACUAUAACGUCGAUGUGCCUAGGAGAACAGCGAGAGCCAUUAGUACGCGUUCUGGCCAGACCUUAUCCAGUGUCUGGUACAAGUGUCCUUAGACUGAUGGCGAAGGAAGAGUCAACUAAUGAAAAGGAAGACAAGAAUGAUACAUUUUGACACUGAAAUACAUUUUAUUAAUAAAGAAUAUUGAGAUAAGCA